AGUCGACUUUCGUCGCUCGGCAAAAGCGCCGUCGGGUCGUCAAAGUGUGUCGAGUCUUUUUUGUGUGGUGCAACUUUUUGUUAACGAAUCUGCAACGCGAGGAUUCCAAUAAUAAAAAUAAACUGAAAUCAAAAUAACUGACUAAAUUGGGACGAAUUCGUGACCGAGACCCCGAGGAAUUUGUCAAGUGAUUAAUUAAAAUUAAAAUAGUAUAUUACAAUGAUUAAAUUAUACAGGAAAACAAAUUAAAGAAAAAACUAUAAUACUAAAUUAUUAAUUAGUAUAAAAUUUUAAAACUGCAAAUUAAAAUCACAGACUGAAAUUCAAAUUGCGACUGAUGCUCACGAAACGUAUUUCAUGGAAAUAAAUCCUCGAAAAAGAAACAAUAAAAGAAAACCGGCCUCUAAUUGUUAUGUCACUGAUCAAAGUUGUUAAGAUACAAGUUUCAAACGAGAAUUUCAAAGCACGUGAUAUAGUAAUUAUUACGUUCUGAUAGUGCUGAUCUCAGAAGAUAUAUUGGAGUGAAAAACUGUUCAAAGAGAAUAGAUUUUUGUAGACAAAGCUUCAGCUUAGUCUGAAGAGUUGAGACUUGUUGACCUUACUCAUCAAAGUUGAUAUGAUAAAUUAAAAUAAAGCUGGAAAUUUUAUUUACAAAAUAUUAGUGAUUAGUGUGUUUUAUAUUUUUUAAAGUUUUAAUAUAAAGUGUAAAUAAAAUUCAACAAGAAUGUCUUCAGCAAAGAUGGGUGGCGUGUUCACCAUAAUGGCGUUUAUCUGCGUUUGUAUUCAUGCAAUGCCGGUUGAUGAUUCUGGAUUAACGAUUAGAGUUGUUCACACGAAUGACAUGCAUGCCAGAUUUGAACAGACAUCGAAGUACUCAACGUCAUGUUCACAAGAUGAAGCAAUCUCCGGGAAGUGCUAUGGAGGAUUUGCUAGAUUGGCAACUUUGAUUCGACAAGCCCGAAAUUCCAGCUCUAAUACUAUUUUUUUGAAUGCUGGUGAUACGUACCAAGGUUCUAUUUGGUACGGCGUCCACAAAUGGAAAAUAGUCGCUAAAUUUUUAAAUAUUCUUGCCCCAGAUGCCAUAAGUUUAGGAAACCACGAAUUCGACGAUGGAGUCAAAGGAUUGGUUCCUUUCAUUAAGGAAGCUCAAUUCCCAAUAGUAACAGCAAACUUGGAUCUUUCAAACGAGCCUACCUUAAAAUCGUCUAAGCUUUUGAACACAACGAUUUUAAAUGUGAAUGGCACACAAAUCGGCGUGAUAGGCUACUUGACACCCUUGACGAAAAAUAUAGCACUUACCGAUAACGUUAAAUUCUUGGACGAGGUGAAAGUAAUUCAAGAAGAGGCCAAAAAGCUCAAAGCUCAAGGUGUCAAAAUUAUCAUUGCUGUAGGACAUUCUGGAUACGAAGUGGAUGAAAAGAUAGCAAAGGAAGUCGAGGAUAUUGAUUUAGUUAUAGGAGGCCAUAGCAAUACUUUCCUUUAUAGUGGAGAGAAGCCCGACUCUGAAAUACCGGAAGGACUUUAUCCAACGGAAAUUGUUCAAAAGAGUGGUAGAAAAGUUUACGUUGUACAAGCUUAUGCUUAUACCAAAUAUCUUGGAAAUCUAACUGUCAAGUUUGAUAAUAAUGGAGAAAUUACGUUCAUUAAGGGCAAUCCUAUUUUAGUGGAUGCAAAAAUUGAACAGGCAAAAGAUGUGUUAGCAGAACUCGACAAGUGGAGGCCAGAAAUCGAAUCAAUAAAAACUAAAAUUGUGGGUUCCACGAAAGUAUUUCUUAACGGAGACUCUAAAUUUUGCAGAAAAGAAGAGUGUAAUCUUGGAAAUUUGAUAACCGACGCCAUGAUAAAAUAUAAUGUUAAAGACUACGAUGGUUUGAAUGGUUGGACAGAUGCUGCAAUUGCUGUGCAUAAUGGAGGAAGUAUCAGAACUUCAAUAACGAGACAAAAUAAUGAUCAGAUAACAUUAGCCGACGUAAAAGAUGUUUUGCCUUUCGGAAACGUUCUCAUCAAAACCAACAUGAGUGGGAAAAAAUUGCUAGAAAUUCUUGAAUUUAGUGUGAAGAGCCUCACUUUAAAUAGUUCUACAUCAGAUUUAAAUGGAGGCUUUCUUCAAGUUUCAGGACUACAGGUCGUUUACGAUAUUAGCAAAGAACACAUGUCAAAAGUAGUUUCAGUAAAAGUGCGCUGCGCUGCUUGCAAAACACCAUCAUACAGUGUUUUACAAAAAAAUGAAACCUAUACUGUUUUACUGACUGAUUUUCUCUCCCGCGGUGGAGAUAAUUAUGACAUGCUCAAGGAUUUGAAAUACACGUCGCUUGGGGCAACUACAGAUGAGGUAGUAGAAGACUAUCUAAAAACCGAAAGUCCCGUUUACCCGGGAGUCGAAUGGAGAAUCACUUUUAAAACUCCCGAAAAACUACCUUCACUACCGUCUGAAUCCAGUUCAGCUUCAAUUUUCCACUCACUCACAUUACUUUUACUCUUACCACUAAUAAGUUUAUUGUCGAAUUGCGAGUAUUUCUCUUACAUUUUUUAAAGAAUUUAAGUAUUUUACAAAACGGGUGCUUAAGUAGUUUUAGUACUUAAAUUUAAUUUGUACUUAUGUUUUAAUACAUAUAACAAUGCGAAAGACUGUAUAUAAAAAUAUGAAAUAUUAAGUAACACUUAAGAUGCCGAUU